AUGAAUAAACCAAACCACAAAGUUAUCAUGCGCCGCAUUUUUGGUCCAAAACGUCGUCCAAUUACUGGGUCAAAACCAGUUAGAUAUUUAUUUGUUCGACAAAACGUCCAUAUCCAUCUUAAUCCUAGGUAUAUAGAUCCAGGCUCAUCUGGUUUACUAACAUCUGCGUUGGUUGCAAAUGUCUCCGAAGCCUUGGCCACGUCGUUUACCUCAGAUAUGUCAGGUACUUUUGAAACUCAAGCUACGAUUCCACCUUCAAAUGAUUUUAUUUUAGAACCAGAAAUGGUACCAUUGACACCAGCUGCAAGUCCUCCUGCAACAACAAUGGAUCUAGUAGAGAAUGAUAUUAUUGCGAUCCCAGAAACUCAAGUUACAGAAACUUUGACCGAAAUUCUCAACAGUGAAUCUCAGGCCUUGACUGCUAAUACAAUUGUCACUACUGGGAAUCCCAACUCUCAAUCUGCAAAUUCCAUCAACAAUAAUUCAAAAGAACCUUCAAGUUUUAAAACUUCUAAUGACGAGCCACUCAAUCUUCAACCACCUGUUUCUGCUGAACCCCCUCAAGAGCCUUCAUCCAAGAGAAACAGAGAAAACGAAGACAAUACAGAAGCUGAAGAGCCCAAUCUUCUUGAUAUUGUUUUAAAAGAAUACCGUCAUUUACGAAAAAAAGCAAAGAAAAACAAAUCAAACGAAUCUUCAGUCACAAAGUUACAGCAAACAAUGACCGGAUUUUCCAAAAUCUAUCUAAGCGCUGUUCUUCCAAAAUUUAAACCUACCAAGCGUCGUAGUAAGGCGAAAAAGUUAAAACUAAAAGGCCUAGAUAAAGACCAGAUAAGCCAGUAA